AUGAAGAGUUCCUGCAGAGCUGGCCUCCACAGGGAACCGCUCAACUCCACAUCCUCCACCUUCUAUCAAGUCAAACGGGUUUCUGGUAUGCACUUAAAGCCAUAUCUCAAGAUACAGAAGAAAGAGAGAUCGCCAGAAAUCAGCCAGGAUUCCUGGCGAGGCCCACCGGUGAGCCAUCAGAGAUCAGCACGAGUAGAAAAAUACACCCCUGACUGCACCAAACUGAGCGUUUUCCCGAAACCCUCCCUGGUGACUCCAUCUCGGAAGCUUCUGGGGAUUAUUUAUCCAAAUACUAUGUGCAAUAUGAACGGGAAGGGUCCAGUGGAUGGCCCAAGCGCGAGGGACAAGAAGAACGCCCUGUCUGCAACCAUUCACCAGGGAGAAGAAGGGGAAGGGCCUCUGGAUGUCUGGGCUGUCGUGAAACCUGGCAACACGAAGGAGAAGAUCGCGUUCUUUGCGGCCCAGCAGGGCAGCGGCGACCCCCGGCUAGGCUCGAUGAAAGUCAAAAGCACGUGGGAUAUCGACGGAAGAACGGCUAAACGCAGGAAAAAAUCAGCGGAUCUUAAAAAAGCCAAAAUUCAACUGGAAAGUAUGAGGGAAGUGAACGCCAGGUGCUCCCCGCCGGAGCCUUUCGCCUGCGGCAUCGAGCACUGUUCGGUGCAUUACGUGACCGAUAACGGCGAGGGCGCGUUCCCGGGCCGGUCCCUCUCGGUGAUAGAGAUGGUCGCCUUCCUGGAGCAACGAGCAAGUGCUUUGCUGGUGGACUGCACGAAAACCUGCACGCCUGCUUCUGCGACGAGGCUGAGCGCUCAGCCUAAAGGCGCGCUUUCCAGCUCAGACCCUUUCUCCUCUGCUGGGCCGUGCGAGGUGCCCGCGGAGAGGGGCGAGCAGCAGCAGGGCGAGCCCGUGCGCGUGCUGGACAUGGUGGCCAAGCUGGAGUCGGAGUGCUUGAGGCGUCCGGCUCCUGCCGGGCUGCCACCGGCUUCCUUGCAGAGCAGGAGCGCGACUGUUGAUUGUACGUUGAAAGAGGCUGUAACUUUCCCAAAGCAGAGCCUGCACCCUGCUAGGAAGGAGCCCUUGUGCAUCAGCAUAUCGGUCACCAAGACCGAGAAGGGAUGCAGGAAGGAGAAGCUCUCUAACGGCGGCUCUGGCGAAGAUCUGCUCCCAGGGAGGCUGUUUUUUCUCCAGGCUGACCAGCCUGCCGCUCACAAGCAACAGCCGCUGCGGGAAAGCACCCACGAAAAGCCAGAAGUAGCCCAAAACGAGGAUGAGGAUGCUCUGGCAUCCGACAGAUCGCGCCUCGGAGACGGCGUCCCUACGGAGCCAUCUGCCCUUCCUGUCCCUCCGACAGAAGGGGCUUUGCAAGUACUUGACGCCUCCUGCUUGAAAAGGCAGGUUUCGCAUGACUUUCUGGAGACCAGGUUUAAAAUUCAGCAGCUUUUGGAGCCUCAGCAGUAUAUGGCCUUCCUCCCUCACCACAUCAUCGUGAAGAUUUUCGAAUUGCUUCCUACUUGGAGUCUGGUCGCCCUCAAAUGCACUUGCUACUACUUCAAAUUCAUCAUCGAAUACUACAACAUCAGGCCGGCAGACUCCCGCUGGGUCCGCGAUCCCCGCUACAGAGAAGACCCUUGCAAGCAGUGCAAGAAGAAGUACGUGAAGGGGGACGUAUCGCUGUGCCGCUGGCACCCCAAGCCCUACUGUCAAGCUUUACCCUACGGGCCGGGGUACUGGAUGUGCUGUCACCGGUCGCAGAAGGGCAUCCCGGGCUGUAAGUUAGGUCUUCAUGACAAUCACUGGGUUCCUGCCUGCCACAGCUUUAACCGUGCGAUCCAUAAGAAAGCCAGAGGAGUGGGAGCCGAAGCGGAGGAGGAAUAUUAGUGCACAUACACUUUCCUGCGAGAUUGUCUGGGUAGGAGGAGAUUCUCAUGCCUUGUGCUGUUUACAGUGUAUAUAAUUGUCGUGGUUUUGUUUUUUUCUUUUUUUCACAGGGCUAUGAAACUGCACAUCCUUCAACACAAGAGCCUUUACCUUUUAGAUGAAAGAUAGCUUUUAGUCCAUCUGUGUAAAUAACACUAUAAAAACUAAUUGUACAUACAGAGUCUACAGCUGGCUGAACAACGUAAUCGCUACAAUGCAGCUACGAUAGUGUUGCGGCUAUAGUUGUGUGUGUUUUUAAGUGUCCUGUUUCAAAAAAAUCUGUAUAUCCUGUAUAAUAUAUGAAUGUUUCAGAGAAGAAACUCUAAACAGGUAAAGGUCAACUUGUUCAAAGAAUCUUCAGGCAACUUAACUGGACAACCUUAAAACUAGACUAGAACAGAUCCAUUAUAGUAGCGUGGCAGUGGAUAAAAAGAGAGGAAUAUUAUUGUAUAGGCAGAAUAUAAAAAGUUAUUGUCUACCUUACCCAUGUUGUCUGUUUGUUUUUUUUUUUUUUUUACUUAAAUAAAAUGUGCAUUCUAGAUCU